AUGAAAGCAAUUGAUCACUAUUAUGAUCCAUUUGAUGAAUUAUUUCAUCCAUUAUGGCUUGGAAUAUUAUUAUUAUUUAGUGUAAUUAUAAUUACUGGUAUGUUCUGUUAUGUACGAAUAAAAUGUCGUUCACAAUUACGUAAUAUAUGCGAUCGUUUAUUCGAAAAUAAUUCGUCUGAUGAAAAACAUGCUUCAGCUAGUUAUCGUUAUAGAUGGCCAUCUAUAUAUAAUCCUGUAAGAGAUGAAUCACCAAAAUUAUAUACACUUGUAAAAAAUAUUCGUACAGCUAAUCUCAAACGACAAUUAUCUGCUAAAAAACAAAAUAAUAAUGAAGAUACUAAUGAAAAUGGAAUACAUGCUGGUCUUGAAAUCGAUCAAUCUCAAUUACCAAUAGUACGUUCAGGAUCUAUCAGUAACCGUCGAGCUUCUGAAAUUGCUCGAAAGUUUUAUGCAAAUAUGCGUUAUACUUCUCAAUUUCAUGCUUCUCUAUCAGUCGAUAGUAAAAAUAAUGAUUCAGUAUCAGAACCAAAUACGCCAAUAUCAAUUGUAGAAGUUCCAACAACUUCUAAACCAGAAGAAAAUAUAAGAAUAUUUCGUACGACACGAUUUUUUCAAUCAAUACCAGCUAAAGAUGAAUUAGCUGUAGCUCUUUAA